CAAUUGCUACGCAUGCGUGACAGCACGUGUUCUGCCCUUAACCGGAAAACGUGCAAUUGAAGCGGAGUGUGAUGCAUCCUGUUAACAAAUACGAUCUUCGGUGAACUCUUUGACAGCUUAACAGGGAACUCCUCAUCGCUUCUAAACAAGAUACCGAGCUGGCUGACCUGGCGAAGAUAGGGGAGAGAUUCAAAGCUGGUCUCCCCAGACCUUCCUGAGAGAAGAGUCAACCAUGGAUGACAGCUCCACUCUUCGGAAAGUCAGCAGUUCCACAGAGUCCGUGGCCACCGUCACCAGCGAGGAGUUUGUUCUGGUACAACCCACUGCUACUGGGUCACCUCAAGGCUCGGAGGGCAAACCAAGACUCAAGAUGUCUUGGAACGGGAGUGAGCAGCUGGAGAAAGCCAUGGAGGAGGUGUUGGAUGAUGAUGACGAAGUGAAGGUGGAGAAAAGCAGCGUGGAAAAGAUGGAGAAGCACACCAAUCCAGAAAUCCAAGUCCCGGAGUUCCAACCCGCAGAUGCAUCACCACCCUGUCCAGCACCAACUAGCCCCACCAACCAAGAGGAGGAUAGCGUGCAGUUCAACAAGCUCUCCUAUCUGGGCUGCACCUGGGUCAAAGCCCCUCGUAAUGAAGCUGAAGCUCAGAAAGCAAUGGCCACUUUACUGGCUGAGAGUGCCAUCCCAAUCCCCAUCACGCUGCAUGUCCCCUGUGGACCAGAUGGCUCUGUGAGGAUUCUGGACCAGGCCUCGGGUACAGAGAUCGCUUCCUUCCCCAUUUACAAGGUCUUGUUUUGUGCUCGUGGACGGGAUGGUUCUUUGGAAAGCAACUGCUUUUGCUUCACCGAGAGUUACCGGAGCUCUGAAGACUUCCAAAUUCACGUCUUCUCCUGUCACAUCAAAGAGGCGGUCAGUCGAAUCUUGUACAGUUUCUCGACAGCCUUUCGUCGAUCUUCACGACCGGCUGAUAUCAGAGACACGCCUCUGACAAAUCCGCCUGACAGCGACCUCUUUAUAUUCGCUGUCUCUCUGGAGGUUAAGGAAGAUGAUGGCAAGGGCAACUUCAGUCCAGUCCCCAAGGACAGAGACAAAUUAUACUUCAAGCUGCGACAGAGUGUUCAGAAGAAAGUUGUGAUUACAGUGCAGCAAAUGGGCAACAAAGAACUCGGCAUUGAGAGGUGUUUUGGAAUGCUACUGAGUCCAGGACAGAAAGUUUGCAAUAGCGACAUGCAUUUGCUCGACAUGGAGUCGAUGGGGAAGAGCUCAGAUGGAAAAGCGUAUGUGAUCACAGGAACAUGGAACCCCAAUAUGGCAGCCUUCCAGCCCCUGAACGAGGACACACCAAAAGACAAGCAAGUUUACAUGACCGUAGCGGUGGACCUGGUUGUAACUGAGGUGGUGGAGCCAGUUCGCUUCUUGCUGGAAACUUUAGCCAGGGUUUAUCCGUCAAAUGAACGUUUCUGGUACUUCAGUCGCAAGACCUUCAGCGAGACCUUUUACCUCAAACUCAGACAGCAUGGAACAGAGAGGACAGGCCAGAGUGAUGCUGUGUAUGAGGUGGUGAGUCUUCAGAGGGAGGCAGAGAAAAGCAAGGAAGGACAACUGGCCUCACCCGCCGAAGAGGAGGAGGCGAAUGAUGAUAGUGACAGUGAAAUCUCCAGCGGGACAGGAGAUGUUUCUAAAGAUUGUCCGGAGAAAAUCCUUGAGUCGUGGGGAGGAAUCCUCAACAGAUGGCAUGGGAACCUGUCCAGUCGUCCGAAGGGUUUGCACCCAUUGGUCCGGAGCGGCAUUCCUGAGCCUCUGAGAGCUGAAGUAUGGCAGCUGCUGGCCGGUUGCCAUGACAACCACGACUUGCUUGAACACUAUCGCAUCCUCAUCACCAAGGAUUCAGCUCAGGAGGGUGUAAUCACCAGAGACAUCCACCGUACCUUUCCUGCACACGACUACUUCAAGGACUCUGAUGGAGAUGGACAGGAUUCACUAUACAAGAUUUGCAAGGCCUAUUCUGUCUAUGAUGAGGAAAUUGGUUAUUGCCAGGGUCAGUCGUUCCUUGCAGCUGUUCUGCUGCUGCAUAUGCCGGAGGAACAGGCCUUUUGUGUGUUGGUGAAAAUCAUGUUUGAGUACGGCCUCAGAGCUCUGUACAAGAACAACUUUGAGGACCUUCACUGCAAGUUCUAUCAGCUUGAGAGGCUCAUACAGGAACAGCUACCCGAUCUAUGGUCCCAUUUCCAGGAACUGAACCUGGAGGCACACAUGUAUGCCUCCCAGUGGUUCCUCACCCUCUUCACGGCCAAGUUCCCCCUUUGCAUGGUUUUCCACAUCACCGACCUGCUGCUCUGUGAGGGUCUGAACAUCAUCUUCAACGUCGCCCUGGCCCUGCUCAAGACUUCCAAAGAGGAUCUCUUGCAAGCAGACUUUGAAGGAGCUCUCAAAUUCUUCAGAGUUCAGCUCCCCAAGCGCUACAGAGCUGCAGAGAAUGCCCGACGGCUGAUGGAACAGGCCUGCAACAUAAAGGUUCCAACCAAGAAGCUAAAGAAGUUUGAGAAGGAGUACCAGACGCUGAGAGAGAGCCAGCUGCAGCAAGAAGAUCCCAUUGACCGAUACCAGAGGGAAAACCGACGUCUUCAAGAAGCCAGUAUGCGGCUAGAACAAGAGAAUGACGACUUGGCCCAUGAGUUGGUCACCAGUAAGAUUGCCCUUCGGAAUGACCUGGACCAGGCGGAAGACAAGGCUGACGUUUUGAACAAAGAGCUGCUCAGCACUAAGCAACGUCUGGUGGAGACGGAAGAGGACAAGAGACGACAGGAGGAGGAAACCGCUCAGCUCAAGGAAGUCUUCAGGAGGGAACUGGAGAAAGCCGAGUUGGAGAUCAAGAAAACCACAGCGAUCAUAGCCGAAUACAAACAGAUCUGUUCUCAGCUCAGCACCAGGCUGGAAAAGCAGCAAGCGGCAACAAAAGAGGAGCUGGACAUUGUGAGGAGUAAAGUCACAGGCUGCGAGAACUGCCGAGACCUGUUCAGCACCAUGGGGUCCCUGCAGGUGUCAUCGCCCGGCCGCAGAAAUUCAUCCUCUGAGCCGUUGGACGAGGAGAAGGAUGGACUGAACGAACAGCUCAGGCAGAUGGAACUGGAACUGGCACAGACUAAACUACAGCUGGUGGAGGCCAAGUGUCGCAUCCAGGAGCUCGAGCACCAACGAGGAGUUCUCAUGAACGAGAUCCAAGCAGCCAAGAACUCUUGGUUCAGCAAGACUUUGGGCUCCCUGAAGAGCUCCGCCUCGUCAUCGUCCAACUCUUCAUCGCAAACACCGUGCUCUCCAAAGGAAGGCCCGGCUUAAGAGUUUGAGUCCUCGUUGGGGGAAAAAGGAGUCAAAGGAACAAGCAGGUGGAGAAAUGCAGUGUUCCUUUUCUGGACACCUGGACUGUGUAAGACUACAGAAAUGAAGGCUGAGAACCUGAAUGGCGUUAAUCUUGUGGCCAAAUGUUGUUACUGCAGAAUUCUAAUGAUUGAAUUUUGUGUUUUUUAAGUCACACGGAUUGAGCUCAAGUUUAGGCCCCGUCCACACGGGAACGUUUUUGAUUAGUAAAUAAUUGCAACGGCGGUCGAGUGGUUAGCGCGCAGACCUCACAGCUAGGAGACCAGGGUUCAAUUCCACCCUCGGCCAUCUCUGUGUGGAGUUUGCAUGUUCUCCCCGUGCGUGCGUGGGUUUUCUCCGGGUACUCCGGUUUCCUCCCACAUUCCAAAAACAUGCUAGGUUAAUUGGCGACUCCAAAUUGUCCAUAGGUAUGAAUGUGAGUGUGAAUGGUUGUUUGUCUAUAUGUGCCCUGUGAUUGGCUGGCGACCAGUCCAGGGUGUACCCCGCCUCACGCCCGAAGACAGCUGGGAUAGGCUCCAGCACCCCCCGCGACCCUCAUGAGGAAAAGCGGUAAAAAUGAAUGAAUGAAUGAAUGAAUGAAUAAUUGCAACCGAUGACUGGGUAAUAAUACACAAGUCAUGACACUCAAGAUAUUCAGGUAUUAUGUUGGCUUGACUUUUUGGUCAUGUGACAGCAACGAGUCGAUUACUUGGGUUUUUGACCUGAAAACAUUUCCGUGUGGAUAUAGCCCCUUUUUAACGUUGUUAUCAGUGAUGAUCAUUUUUUGAGUGCGGCAAAGGAAUACUGCAUUGCAACCCAAAAACAACACAACAUUUGUGUUUCUUUAUAGAACUAUGACUUAAAAAAUGUCCUAACAAACUAAUUAUUGUUUUUUUUUAAUAACCUUGUACAGUUCUUAAAGAGGUGAUUGAUGAUUGAUAUCUAGUGUGUGAUUGUUCUGGUCGAGUCCAAACGCUGACUAGCCAAAACAACGUGAAACACAGACCCUUUAUGAUUAUAAUCCGUCGAAAUUUUUGCCCUCCUCGUUUCAUCCGUUAGCCAUCUUUCCAGUUGGUGCCUCCCGAGUAUUUUAUGUUGUUUUUGAUGUCCGUAGAUCCGAUAUGAAACACUUUUUCCUUCAUAUCACAGAAUGAAUAUAUCUCAGUGAUGCACGUUUGAUGCUGAAAUAUAUACGCUACAUAUUAAGCUGUUAAGUUUGAAAUAUUAAAUAGCUUUAUUAUGUCAUCCAUUCAUAUGCCAUUUGGAAGAAGCGCCAAUAUACCUUAUGUGCUGUUUAUUGCAAUAUAAAUCUUUUUAUUGUCGAGGUAGAGGAAAAUGUCUCGAAAGAAGUUUUAUAAAAGAACUUUUAUUAAGAAAUAUUUAAAAAGAACUUUAUUUGUUCUGAUUCGUUCUUGAAUUUGCAUUUCUUUACCCUGCCUGUUUGAUGUAAGCAGGCCAAUUACUGCAGUUGAUGUGCCAACAAGUCGGUUUUAUCCAGGCUGGUAUCAGCCUUUGGACUCUAACCAAGCCAUGUUUGUGUGCAUGUGUGUGUGUGUGUGUGUGUUUUGCACUGUGCAUAUGUUGAAUUGUUUCAAUUGGCUGCCAUUUUGUUGACGACUGGAACUGUUGGCUGAUCACCGGUUGGUCCGCUUGGAUCCUGACUCCGCCGUUGUUAGUAUCCUUAGUGCACACAGCGUCUCUUCAUAGCUGGCGGCCAUCAUGCAGCUUAAUCGGACCAAAUGCACACACCAGAGGGAAGAUAAGCGAUGCCGAUAAGCCGACGAGUGUCAUUUCCGCAACAUUCCUUCUGCGUCGUAACCCGCCCACCGAGACCCCUCAUCAGUACACGCACUAACGAUAAACACUAUGUCAGCGGUUGGUUUAACAGUUUUAGGAAGCACAGAGCGUCAAUUGUUUUUUUUAACUGAUGAUUAUUGUUGCAGCUGCUAGUUUGUCGUCCACUUUGACAAAAACUGUCUUGCUCACCUUAGUUGUCACACGAGCGACUUUGCUGUUAAAGUCACCGUCUGAACUGCAUUAAUAAACGUCAGCCAUUCUGUUUAUGUGUGCAUUUUUAUAUUUAAUAACAUGAACUGUCUCCAAACCAUUGCAAAUGGAAAGAUGGCUCCUCCAUCUUUGAAGGUUUGAGUCUCUUUAGGGGUGCAAUCACUCUUAGAUGACGUCAUUGUAUCAUUUGCAUAUGAUGUUAAAUGCUGCAGGAAAAAACGUAUAACGUCGUAGCAGAGACGAAACAAGUUUAGUUUUGAACUUCAAAUAAACGUGAUUGUUAAUUCAAAAUUGUCUAUAAUUUACUCAAAAUUAAAUAACUUAAGUAUUUUAUUUCGGAAAGUUCUCCCAUCAUAUGAGAACUUUUUGGAAUUAGCACAGUUGAUUAUGGCUAACAUUUGCAUUUCCCACUGUGGUACACACUCUUGUGGUGGAUAUAUGUAAUAGCAAUUUAUUUGCACUUUCAAAAAUAAAUAAUUAAUAACACGCAUUAAUAGCAAUCAACCAAAGCAAUAGAAAUGUGUAUUUAAUGAUCAAAACAUUGAAUUAAUGUAAUAACACCGAAAAUGACUACAUUUGUAGACGGUCCCUGGGAUUUGUU